AAUAAAUGUCUUAUUAACAGAAGGGGUUAAAUGCAAUAAGAUUGACUCAAAUGAAUUCAACAAUUUUGAAAGCUAGAAAAAGUUAAGAAUAUUCUUGUGAGUUGUCUUAGGAAUAUCUAUCGAGAAAUAAUUUGUUAAAAUAAAAUAGAGCUAUUAGUCAACAUUAUUCAAGAUUAAUAAUUGAAGAUGAGUUUUAAAAAAUGAAACGUCCAUAAACAUCAGAAGGAAGUAGAAGGAAGAAAAAGAAUGAUUUUGAAGGUAUUUAGGUUAAUUAAAAUUCAAACACAAAAUGUGAGAUUUUAGAAUGUGAAAAUGAGGAUGAUAAGGAGUAACUAAUGAUAAAAUAAGUAGGGAAUAAGGGGUGUUAUAUAAUUAAUUUAUAACAUGUAAUCCAAGGAAUAGAAUACGGAAUGAUUAGAAUUAGGUUCCAUUUUAAACAGCUUUGGAUUAAGAUUUUCUAAAUUUGUUUGCUAAUGAUUGA